GCCCCCAGCUCCCCCGCCUCGCGCCGCUCGGUCAGCACGCUCAAGAAGUGGCUCACAAACCCCGUGCGCAAGCUGAGUGCCGCCGGGGGCAGCAAGGGAGAGCGGCAGGUCCGCCGGCUGGACGGGAGGCUGCACCCCCUGCCCAGCCAGGGCCAGGGGCCGUCGGGACGCCAGGGGGAGUCCGAGAACAUCCUCCCCUCCUCGGGCAAGGAGCUGGAGUGGAGGGAUGGUCCUGGGGAACGCAGGGGCAGCUCCCAGCCAGGAACUCCCACGACACACAGAUACCUGUCCGAGCUGCUGCAGGGGGAGUCCAGUCCAGGUCACACACAGGAUCCUUUUUCCACCAAUCCACUGCAAGUUACAGUUGGCUCCGCCCAGGAUGAUGACACCUCCAGCCAAUCGUCAGUAACUGAGGACAGUGAGGAAGAGAGGAAGAGUGCCUUAGAAAAGAGCAUGUACGUGCUGAAGGAGCUGAUCGAGACAGAGAAGCUGUACGUCAGUGACCUGGGCCUGAUAGUGGAGGGCUACAUGGCCACCAUGAACACCAGGGGGGUGCCCGAAGACAUGAAGGGGAAGGACAAGAUUGUGUUUGGGAACAUCCACCAGAUCUUUGACUGGCACAAAGACUACUUCCUGGGGGAGCUGGAGAAGUGUGUUGCUGACCCAGACAGACUCGCUGAGCUCUUCAUCAAACACGAACGGCGCCUCCACAUGUAUGUGGUGUACUGUCAGAACAAGCCCAAGUCUGAGCACAUUGUGUCAGAGUACAUCGACACCUACUUUGAGGAGCUGAAGCAGCAGCUGGGGCACCGGCUCCAGCUGAACGAUCUUCUCAUCAAGCCUGUCCAGCGCAUCAUGAAGUACCAGCUCCUGCUGAAGGAUUUCUUCAAGUACUACACCAAAGCAGGCAUGGACACCACACAGUUGGAGAAAGCAGUCGAGGUCAUGUGCUUUGUGCCCAAGCGCUGCAACGACAUGAUGAACGUGGGGCGGCUGCAGGGGUUUGAGGGAAAGAUCACGGCCCAGGGCAAGUUACUCCAGCAAGACACUUUCUCCGUGAUGGAGCAGGACAGUGGCUUCCUGUCACGCGCCAAGGAGAGGCGGGUCUUCCUGUUUGAGCAGCUAAUCAUCUUCAGUGAGCCAAUCGACAGGAAGAAGGGCUUCUCACUGCCCGGCUACAUCUUUAAGAACAGUAUCAAGGUGUGUGUCUCCCUGCAGUCGCCCAUCGAGUACCAGCGGCGAGAGAGCAAGUCCAACAGCCUGGGGCGGGCAAUGCGGGCACCUCCGCCCACGUCCGCCACCCUGCGGCCCCACUCCUCCGCCUCCAUCGACCGCCACCGCCUGCCCAGCCUGAGCGCCUACAACUCCUCACUGCCCGCCCUCUACCUGCCCAGCCACGCCACACAGGAGUCCCCCCAGGUACAGCACAGCCCCCCAGACUCAAACCCCAGUCUGCCGGGCCUCUCUCCCAUGCACGAUCACCUGGCCUUCCCUGAGCAGCCCGGACUGCCCUUCGCCCCAGACCAGUGCCAGGGCGUCUCCAAUGGACUGUGCCCCCCGGCCCAGCACAGCACACAGAGAGGGGGCAACACGUGCCACACGAAGGCGGGGGACAGCGCCCUGUCCCCCAGUCCCCUGCCGACCCAGUGGACGGGCCCCUUGGCACAGCUGGCGGAGGACGACUUAUAGACUGAAAUCGCUCCCUCCAGAGGUGCUGUCGUCAGGAGCGCUUCCUCGCGUCAUGAAUUAACUCGUUUUUUAAAGAAUGUCAUAAAAAAACCAAGAACUUAUCACUCCCGCCUCGGCCGGCCCUUCAGGGGCGCCCUUGUUCCCGUUGUGGGGUUUGGGGGACUGGCUGUGAGGGGCCUGAUUUGCCCCAGACAUUCUCUUCCUUUUUAAUCGCCAGAAUGUAAACCUGCAACUCCUUCUAGUGAAGGGAAGACUUUCAAAGUCUUGGAGAAGUUGUAGGAGCUAGAUAUGGCCUGCAUAUGAACUGUAUAAUUUCCCAGAUGUUGCCUGAAUAUAGCCAAAAUAUUUCAUGGAGAAAGACCAGAUUGAUCCCAGAAAAUGCUUGAUGUUUCCCAAGUAUAGCCUGGAUCGAUCCCGGAUAUUGCCAUGUCUUUAAAUCAGGUAAAGCUCUUUUUUUAAACAAAGCAGGAAUCACAUUAUUUGACUACCCUGUUUCCGGCUCUUCCUUGCUGGUUAUCCAGGCGAUCCCUGGAAAGACUGUUAACACGGACCGCACCCUUGCCAGGGACAGGCCAGAAAGCCUCCUUCCAAGAAUGACAAUCUCCAGAAUCGCUUUUGCUCCAGGAACCUUGCACGCAGAAGACAGGGAGCAAAUGUUUACCUCCACAUUGUGACACAUAAAGGCAAGCCUUCUUUUCUUAAUAAAAUGACUGUCUGUCUCAAGGCUGGGAAUCCUGCAGUCCAGAGCUUCGUGUUCUGAAGGAGCCCUGGAAGGCUCAUUUCCAUCCGCACUGGGCUCGAUGAAGAGCAUCACGCACCACACUUCCGAGCAGAAUCCUCUUCGUCCACAGGCGUCUUCCCAGAAACAGGGAACAGCUAUCCCUGGAACAGCUACAGCUCCCAGAAUAUGUGUUGUUACCCCAGGCCGUGUACUAACCCCUCAUCUGGUAAUCUCGCCAAAUGACCAAGCCACCCUGAGAGGACAGUGGGGGUUUCUGAGUGGGUGUGUCGGGGUUUUUGAGUGGGUGUGAGGGUGUCUGAGUGGAUAUGUGGGAUUCUGAGUUGAUAUUUGGGUUUCUGGGUGGGUGUGAGGGUUUCUGAGUGGGUGUGUGGGUGUUUGUGGGGGAGCCUUUGUUUCACACACACACAGAGACAGCGGUCUCAUUUUCACAGGGUUGGGGAUGAGGUAGACUGUACGUUUAGCGCUGAGAGACUGUGAUCAUGUGAUGGGAUCUACAUGAGGGAGGGAUGGCGGAGAGUCCAGAAGAAAUCCCAUAGGAACCUCCCAGGAGAUGAUAUGGACAGGCUUCACCGGAGGUGCCACCAGGAGCAGCUCCCAGUCUUCCCUGCUGUGUCCAGGUUUUCACUCCAGCCUGGCUCUAAACAACUGAAAUCUGCUGUGACCGUCUUAAUCGGACCAAGCAAACACCUGCCCCCAGCUCCCCAGGUGCUGGUGCUUUAAGGAGACCUGAAAACCUGUGGACACAGCAGGCCUGCAGGACCAGGACUGACUGGUCACCCCUGAACCCCUGGGGUACGCGUGUACCCUCCCUGCUGGCCCAUUAUGGGGUCUGUACAAGAACGGCCAGGACCCACAGGCCCAUGCAAGAUGAAAUACUGUACUGGAAUAAAAAUACCAAAGUGUUUCUAGA